AAAAACUAAAAACGUUCAAAAUGUUCAAAUUGUUCGCUGCCUGCUUCCUUGCUAUCUUCGCUGUUGCCUUCGCUGCUGCUAAGCCCGGUCUCUUGGCUGCCCCAGCUGCUCUUGCCUACACCGCCCCAGUUGCUGCCGCCGCCUAUGCUGCGCCAGUGGCCUACACCGCCGGUUAUGCACCCUACAUUGCUCCCUAUGCCAGCAGCUACUCAGCGCAUUCGAUUGCUCACUCCGCUGCCUUCCCAGCUGCCUAUGCUGCUUUCCCAGCUGCCUACGCUGCUGCACCAUUUGUUGCUGCUCCUGCGCCCGCUGUUGCAGUGCUGAAAAAAUGA